UAUCCGUGUUUUUACGACCCAUCUUCUUGCGAGGCAAAAUUGAAACCCUCUGCGGUUGAAGGAAACUACGCCAGAGCAGAUUCCGUGGUCAUUGGCAGCACCAAAAGCUCUACGGCGUAAAUGAACGGGGCGGCGGGGUUGCCAUUGCCGGCAAAUUCGUCGCCAUCAGUGAUCAACAUGUACAGAAUCAACAGAGUUACGGAGCGUUUGGCUUGGCUUGCUCAACCUGGCAACCGAGGCGAUCCUAAAGAAUUUUAUAACCACUGCCUCUCCCUCUCUCGAGGCAUUGAUUAUGCACUUGCCAAUGGGGAAAUUCCGGGCAAUGCUCAUGAGCUGCCUUUGCUGGUGAAGCAGAUUUGUCAACUAAAGAAUGAUGAACUUUCGCAAGCUGCUAUGAUGGUGUUGAUGAUAUCUGUAAAGGGUGCCUGCGAAAUUGGAUGGUUCCAAACGAAAGAAUCACAAGAACUUCUUACUAUUGUGGAUGAGAUCGGAAAAGUCUACAGCAGUAUGGGGAGUAUAAAUGCUACACGUACACAAUGCAAUUCUGAAAUAUCAACUAUUAUGGAGAAGUUCUAUCCUAAUGUUAAACUGGGUUCAAUACUUGCAUCAAUUGAGGCCCAGCCUGGAUAUGGAGCCUCUCUGGUUGAUUUUCAUAUUACCAAGAGUGAAUUUGUUAAAGACAAAAUUUUUUUAUUGGUGGCACAGUUAGAUAACAUUGAGAUAUCAGCAUGCCUCAUAAGUCCUCCGCAAGUGAAUUUUCUCCUCAAUGGAAAAGGAGUAGCCAAUAGGACUUAUGUUCAAAUGGAUCCUGGACCUCAAAUGCCAACUGAUGUGACUGGUAUGCUUAAAUUUGGGACAAAUCUUCUUCAAGCUGUGGGCCAGUUCAAUGGUCGUUACAUUGUACUCGUCGCCUAUAUGAGUUUUACACCCUUGCAAGAAGAUCCGGUUCUUCAAGAUUAUCUCCAGCCUGUUGUUACCUCUAUUGAUUCUGAUUCAGAUAUUAUUGAGGGGGCUUCACAGAUUUCGCUAAAUUGUCCAAUAAGCUUUACACGUAUUAAGACUCCUGUCAAAGGGCGAUCAUGCAAACAUUUUCAGUGUUUUGACUUUAACAACUUCAUCAGUAUCAAUUCUAAAAGACCAUCCUGGCGCUGCCCUCAUUGCAAUCAGUAUGUUUGUUAUGGUGAUAUUCGACUUGACCGAAACAUGGUUGAGAUCCUGAAAAAUGUUGGUGAGAGCAUUACGGAAGUGAUUGUCCUUGCUGAUGGAUCUUGGAAGGCAGUCUUGGAAAAGGAUCAUGAUGUGGAUAAGAUGCAAAAGAAGGCCCCCAACCAUGAAAAGGAACAAACUGAACCACAAGAAUACACUUGCUCUCCUGCGACUGUUGACCUCACCGAAGAUGAUGAUCAUGUGGAGGCGAUGGACUCUUCUGAAAUUGUAGACAGAAAACCUCCCCAGGCAUCUGUUCAAAGUCAGUUUGUCGCUCCAAAUUCAACUUCCUUGGGUAUGAACACUCCUGGUGUUAAUCGAAAUGUGGCUGCUCAAUUAGAUGACUUUUUGUCUGGGGUUUAUAUUGCCCGUAGUAGGUCUGAUACCCCAAUGGUUAAUACUUUGGAGCUACCUGUUCUGCCUGAUUCUAUUUCUCCAGCAUUUAAUCAAGAAUCUGCAGGUCGUGACAAUAACCCUGCUGUUAACUCUGCCAUGCGUAAUCAAAUUUCAGCACCAAACAAUUUGCCGAUGCAGAUGAAUCAUAUGAAUUCAGUUAACGAGUAUGGUAGGUCGUCCUCGGGGGCAAGACAUAUUAAUAGAAGUCCAGUAGCUGUUCAGGCCCUCCCAGUCCAAUCUCAGGCAUUGGGACCACAGCAAAAUCCACUAAAUUUGAAGAAUUCCCUGCUGUCUAGCAAUUCCUCUUCUACUUCUCAUAUUUCUUUGCCCAGCUCUUCUACAGGAGAUACUAUGAAAGCCAUACUUAGUGAUACUGAAAGACAGCAACGUUUUUCUCGAUCCCCAAUGAAUCUGCCUCAGGUCUCAGGUGUGAAUUCACCUGCAUUUCGGCAUCACCCUGCAACACAGAAUCGGGUACCAUUACAGAGCCCGCCAACAUCAACUCCAUUGCAGAACACAUCCAGACCUGGUUCAUUAUCUGAUUUUAGAAAUCAACACCUCCAGCAUUCUCUGAAUCGGCCACGACAGCAUCCAACUUUCCGACCAUCUACCACCCAAUGGUCUCACAUCCAGCAAGGUGUUCCACAAUCUGGAAAUUUACCGGCAGCAGGCCGGGCUGCUCCACCGCCUGCCAGACAAGGUAUUUUCCAUGCUAGGAAUGUUCCGCCGGCUGCAACCACUGCUCAUAGCCAACAAUCUAGGGGUUUGGCUGCUAAUCAGCCUCCUCCUAGACGGACAGCACCACUAGUUUCUCUCCAAAACCAAAGCGGUGUUGCAGGCACACCUUUUGCAACUGACAGUUUCCAUGGAAGAGGAAACACAGCACAGUCAGUUUCUAGACCUGAUGAAUUAUUCAGUACGCAAGCCGAACAGAAUUGGGCUCCCACUGGACGAAUGCGUGGAAGUCUAGAUUUAAGUCAGCCUUUCGAUGAGUCUAUUGCACAGCGAAUAAUCACGCCAACACAAACUCAAAGUUCAAGGCCACCACCUCUCCGGCGAGCCACUGGGUCGACCCAACAGGAUGUGCUUACGGCUAACAAUAGAAAUGCAAAUGCUCACAAUCGUCCUUCCACUUGAUCACACUUCUGCAACUCUCUACUUUCUCAUAGCCUUUGUUUUAGAAUUGUGUCUGUAUAUAAACUUGUCUAGUAACAAAUACAGAGAAUUACAUUCACAGCUUAUUAUCUGACAUCCAUGUUCAAGGUUUUAUUUUCUGUUCUGUGAAAUAUUUUCUAACAA